UGUGUGUGAGAGAGAGGAACAGAGCGUCCUUCAGAUAAAACCAAAGGCUCUGCGUUUGUAAUGCGCGAGCGUGUGUGUGUGUGAUGUGCGAGCGUGUGUGUGAUAAGGAGGUGGGGGUGAGAGACCCCGUUGUGCUUUGACCCCCUAAACAACUCUCCAUUUCUCUCUCUCCAUCUCUCUCUCUCUCUCUCUCUCUCUCUCUCUCUCUCUCUCUCUCUCUCUCUCUCUCUCUCUCUCUCUCUCUCUCUCUCUCUCUCUCUCUCUCUCUCUCUCUCUCUCUCUCUGGUUUAAAGCUCCAUCGCUCAUCGCGGAGAGACGCAUUCGAGCUCAACGCCUCGCUUCAUGGACAUUGGUAGCGCGCGAAGGACGCGACAUCAUCUGAAACGCGCCGCUAACACUGGAUACUCGGCCCGCGUCACGCUGCUACAGUCUUCUAAAGAGAGUGUGUCUUAUCCGCCGCGGGUGUGUGUUGUCCUCCGUCAGUGAGUGUGUGAGCUCGGCUUCCGUAUCGCAUGGAGAAGAGGUAUGAGGAGUUGGUGCAGUACCCAGGCUCUGACGGCAUGCCUGUGGGAGGGUACCGGGACGUCAUGAGGUCACUUCCUCCGCAUCACUACGGCCACACGGUGCCUGACUCCCUGAAACACCACCGGGAUCUGAUCUACGGUCAUCCUCUGUUUCCACUCCUGGCUCUGGUAUUUGAAAAGUGUGAACUUGCCACUUGCUCACCACGAGACUCCGCCUCCAUGUCAAACUCCGCCCACCUCCACGGCAUGACCAAUCACAGCGACGUCUGCUCCUCUGACUCGUUCAACGAUGACAUCGCAGCCUUUGCCAAACAAAUUCGAUCAGAGAAACCCAUCUUUUCAUCAAAUCCAGAACUGGAUAAUCUGAUGAUCCAGGCCAUUCAAGUUCUACGGUUUCAUCUAUUAGAGCUAGAGAAGGUUCAUGACCUUUGUGAUAACUUCUGUCAUCGCUACAUCACCUGUCUAAAGGGCAAGAUGCCCACUGAUUUGGUGCUGGAGGACCGGGACGGGGGAUCCAAAUCUGACAUGGAAGAUUUCACUGGUUCUUGCACCAAUCUGUCAGAACAAAAUCAGUCUUGGUUGCGAGACCCAGAUGAGUGUGUGUCGACCCCCUCGGGCACCCCGAGCGCCUCCUGUGGCCUCACCUCACACAGCGCAGAGAACUGCAGUGAUGCCGGUGAUGGAUUGGAUGGGAGUGUGGCAUCGCCCAGCACGGGAGAAGAAGACGAAACGGACAGAGACAGACGAAACAACAAGAAAAGAGGAAUCUUUCCCAAAGUUGCAACAAACAUUAUGAGAGCAUGGCUCUUUCAGCACCUGUCGCACCCGUACCCGUCUGAAGAACAGAAGAAACAGCUCUCCCUGGACACGGGUCUCACCAUACUGCAGGUCAACAACUGGUUUAUAAAUGCCAGGCGCAGAAUAGUCCAGCCAAUGAUUGACCAAUCAAAUCGCUCAGGCCAGGGUGCCCCGUACAGUCCAGAGGGGGCGGCUCUUGGAGGAUAUGGGUUGGAUGCUCAGACUCAUUUAGGUCUUAGGACAGCAGGGCUUCAGGGAAUGCCCACGGAUUACCCCGGGGCCCUCCUGCCCCAGCCGGGAUACCCCCACGCCGGCCCGUCCCUGCACCCCUACCCCGGCCCCCACACUGCCAUGCUGCUCCACCCUCCCCCCCACAGCCACCCCGCCGAACCCCUCAUAGGACAAGGCCUGGACAUUCACGCCCACUAACCGAAACUCUCAGUCCACACAUAAUGACUCUGAGAAUGUCUUAAAUGCACUGACCUGGCAUCAUAUUAAUGUAUCUCAACGCUCAUCUCAAAUGCCUGACAGACUUGUUACAUUCCUCAUGACAAUGCUCUGAAUGCACUGCACCCAAUACAUCUAACCACUAGUUUCAAUGCACAUCGCAGCGUUUGAUUGAGUAUACCCAUGUCUUCCUAUGGCCUUAGGGGGGAUCUCCCUUCAUCGAACAUAAAGGCCUUCAUCGCCUUUCUUGCCUUGCCUCCGAAAACCCUCUCGAGGAGCACAAGUGGAAACACACAGGAUAUACCUCCUCAGCCAGGGCCCGAGAAAAGCAGAGGUCCUGAGAUAGUCUUCUGUUCUGUUGCACCGAAUCCUUAUAACUGCUGAACAUGAUUAAUAAAAUCUAAGGGUGAAGCUCAUGAAACCAGGUCUCGUUUCACGCCAAAAUCAAAAAGAAAAGAUAGAAAACCUAUUUAGAGACAAUUACGAUUUCUUUUUCAAAUAAUUAACGAAUCAGAACAAAUAAUUGCAUUUCCCCUCCCAAUAGUGACCCAUUGGUGUAAUAAAGUUUUUCUGGGGAAAAAUUUUUUUUAUUUUUUAUUCACAUUUUUAUUUCUUUUGAUUUGGGGGUGAAACUUAUGGCAUGGCGAAGGAAGGAAAUAUGAGAUGGGAGGAAAGUUAUUUGUCAAUGCAUUCACGUUCUCUCCCAAAGAACACAAAUGUUUUGAGAGUGAAUGCAAAACAUAUUUUCUCAUAUUUUUUCCAUCACAGAUUUUGAAAUGUUCUUGAUAGGUUUCAUGAGCUUUACCUGUUAAAAGUCAGCCAAGAGUCUUUGUCUUCCUGACCGAGGGCCGUCACAUGCGUUUCUCUCAGUUCUUCUCUUUAGAAGUCAGUCUCACUUUUAUACAUUAUUUAAUUAAAAAUGUUUGUUAAUUGUUUUCGUUUGUAUUUAUCUGUGUCAGAAAUACGGCUAAAGUUACAAUAAUCCGAGCGCCACGUAUUUUGGAUUAUCUGGAUUGGAUAAAGAAGUGAAUAUGUUCUUCAGUUAUUUGAAGGUUGUGUGAAUGUUUACCCGCCGAGGUCCGACAGGCACGUUUUUGGUUUGCUCUAAAGGACCUGACUCGCAUCAUCAUCAUCAUCAAUAUUUCAUCCACUUUUUUCACACAAUACACAUGUAUUUCUGACUAUACUUUUUUGGAGAUUUUGUUGGAAUGCAAAGAAACCUGAGCUCUUUUUUGUCCCUCUCCUGUCUGCAUUAAAACAUAUGAUGUGACUGUUGAUGAUAUGGCAUAAGCAUCAUUAUAUCAACAAAACAUUCAAUUUGAAAAGUUCAAAGUCAAUUUAACUCAGAUAAUUAAUUAGAUACUUUUCUAAAGCCAGACAUAUUUGAAGAGCACAAAUCCACACAGAAAAGAGACAAAAAAGUGUUUAUGAAUGAAUUAUACAAUGGUUUAAUUGUCUGACAUUAAAUACAAAAAAAGGCUGAAAAACGAGGACAUUUGAAUUUGAGAGAAGCACCAUUUAAACUAAUUCAUUAAAAUCACUGCUGCUUUUUAUUUCUUUUAGCCAUUUUGGGGGCAAUUUGUAUCUCUUUUUUUUUUUAAACAGUAUCAAGGAAAUGACAUGAAUUGCAGACGAAAUAUAAAAUAAAUAAAAGUUUCUACCCGUG